AUGAACGUCGACACUGAAGGAGAGCUCGAAGAACUCAUAUCUGUCUGCAGCUCUGACCAAGAUGAGUUGGCUGAUGAUGAGAAGGCCUCCACAGAUGACUCUUCUUCUACACCACCUGCCGAGGCAGCCUCCAAGAAAGGAAGAGGGUCGGCCCCUAUCAUCUUAGCUGAGAAGAAAGCAGCUGUCAUCGCUAAGCUCCAGAAGGAGCUUAAAAAGCUGGUCAAGAUGAAGCCAGCCUCGACCAGUCAUACAUUAAAGAUUCUGCCAUAUCGCUUUGAUCUCAUCACCACUCGCUCCUUUAAGCAUGCUCACAUUGAAGACUCGGAGCCCAAAAUUGAGCACUUUCUAGUGCCACUCAAAGAGCCUGAGGCCACCACUUCGACCAAGAUGAAGUCAUCAAAGGGCAAGAAAUACGUUAAAAACUCUGCUGCCAUGUCCUCAUCAAAACUGGCUGCAGCUGAUGUGUUCCUGGCCACCAUUACUGCUGAGCACAAUGAGCUGCAAAUGCAGCUCUCCGCAAUGAUGUCACAGUUUGACCUGCUGCUUCAAAGCUCGCAGAAGAUGGCCGAGGAUAACUGCAACUUUUUUGGGCAAAAGUAA